GAAUGUUGUGUAUUUCUAACAAUACAGAUCGCGUCUGUAAAGUGGAGUGUUGUUCUAAAACUCGGACGUUCUUCUUUUUAUGCGUUGAUGUUUUGCUCUUUAAUUCUUUAAGUCUCAGUAAUGUUUUGUCACGCUCCAACGUUGACUUCUUUGGGAGAGAAAAACUUUGAGAUUUUAAAGAUCUUAACUCAUAAGUAUAAUGACGUAAGCAGUGGCCUAAGCAUUUUGUAAAACCUAAUAUAAAAUUUCAAUUCUUGUUGAAUUCAAUUAACAAUAGUUGUUGACAAAGAAAACAUUAUUCCUACAACAAAGAAGAUUUGAUCCAAUAUGAAAUGAUAUGAAAUAGCUACAGUAUUUAUUACCAUCAGAGUCUUUUUAAAACAUCUUGAUUAUUACAAGACUAGCCAAUAAUGGCUGAUGAGGUGAUUCUUCUAGAUUUCUGGCCAAGCCCAUUCGGUGUGAGAGCGAGGAUCGCACUAAGAGAGAAAGGAGUCGAGUUUGAGUACAGAGAAGAGAAUCUGAGGGACAAGAGCCCCUUGCUUCUCCAAAUGAAUCCGGUUCACAAGAAGAUUCCGGUUCUGAUCCAUAACGGUAAACCGGUCUGUGAAUCCAUGAACAUAGUCCAGUACAUCGACGAGGUCUGGUCCCAAAAGAACCCGUUACUCCCUUCGGAUCCUUACCAAAGAGCUCAAGCAAGAUUCUGGGUCGAUUUCAUUGAUACCAAGGUUUACGAGCCAGCGGAUAAGAUUUGGUCAACAAAAGGCGAGGUGCAAGAGACAGCCAAGAAAGAGUAUAUUGAAGCACUUAAGAUUCUUGAAUCUGAGCUUGGAGACAAACCCUACUUUGGAGGAGAAAACUUUGGGUUUGUAGACAUUGCCAUGACUGGUUAUUACAUGUGGUUCGAAGCAUCUGAGAAAUGCGGUAACUUCAGCAUCGAACCUGAGUGUCCUACACUUAUGGCUUCAGCCAGGAGGUGUUUGCUGAGGGACAGUGUGGUUAACUCUGUCCCUGACCCUGAGAAGAUCGUUGAGUUCGCCUUUGAGAUUCGAAAGAUAUAUUGUGUCUGAAUCACUAUCUUUUCUUUCACCUUUGGUUUGUGAAACUGAUUCCAUUACACGUUCGGUGUUCUUUGUCUCCUUCAUGUUUGUGUCUUUUUCAGUUUUAAAUAAUAUUGCAACUCACUCAAGAUAGUAGGGUUCCUCAAUCUUAACGAGGUCUAUUUGUUCUUCUCUUCUUUUUUUAAAAAGAAGUUGGGAAUUAAUGAAAACGUUUAUGCAGUGUGAUGUAACAGAAAAAAAUCUAAUUUUCAACUUUUAUUUGUGAAUUGA